UAUUACCAUUUUUGAGGUUUUGAGAUAGUCCUUUAAAAUUAUGGUAAAUCAUAAAAGUCAUACAAAAAAAGAGUUUCGAUAUAUACAUUGGCAACUUGAUUUCUAUUAUUGAAGGUUUUUCAUGGCAGAGAAUAAACGUGUAAACAUUCCUGUAAGAUUCUAAUCUUUCUCUGAUCAGUAUUUUCUAUAUGCAUAUAGACAUGAAGACUUUUAUAUUUUGUUUUGUUUUUUCAAUAUAGACUUGUGUUCUGAAAUCGGAUCUCAGUUGCUGUUCAAACCGUGCAAUGAAAGUGAAGGAAAAGUUGCAGAAAACCAAAGGAGUGUACUAUAUCAACAUAGACACAGAAAAUGGGUUGGUGCUAGUUUCAGGGUUUGUAGAUCCUCCCACAGUAUUGAAGACAAUUGGGAAGAAUACACAGCUUUUGGCUUAUGAAAAGGACUCCAUCGACGCAGAGAAGAAACUAAAGAAGUUAUUAAGGAGAAUGAAAAAAGAAAAAAAUAAAAAAGAUGGUAUCCAAGAAACAUGUUCCUGUGAUUCUGAUUCCGAGGAUGAUGAUGAUGAUCAAAGAAAACCUUACGAUACAUUUUAUAUGUCUAAUCCAAAUAAUGGCAUUAGAGUUAAUGAUCCCAGAGUUUUUGGAGGUUACAGAGAUCCUUCACUUUGGUAUGGAAGGCCAUACUAUGCAACUACGCCAUAUGGCUACCCAGGAAUUAAUUAUCCUGCCAAUUACAACAGGCCAAGGCCACCGCCGGCAAGGCCACAAGUGUUGUCAAAUGUUUACGCUGUCUACGGUGGACAGAGAGAACCGCCGGUGGGCAACUCCCUCUACCACGCUUUCAGUGAUGAUAAUGUUAGGGCUUGCAGUAUAAUGUGAGUCUUACGGGUCAUAGUUGGGACUAGGAUGGUGAUUUAGAGGAUAGAAUUCUAAGUUUUCUUUCUUGAACAGAACAUGAGGACUAGAUAUGUAUACGUGUAUGGCAAUAUAAAUGCAAUAAUAUCAUAGA